UUUAAGCGGCUUCGCAAAAUAUUCUUCUGUUUUUGCUAUAUCCUAGAAGGUUUUCAUCAAAUAACUAAUAGAGAGUGUGCUUAUAAAACUAAAUUUUAACGCUGGUUUCCACAGACGCGUGUAUUUCAUUUGGUGUGGGAACACAUUUUUCAGUUUGUUGCAGUGUCGGUCACAACACGUACAAACAUGGAUCAAAUGCUACCAAGUCCGGGUGGUUUUUCGAUCCCGAGUAUCGGGACCCCACUGCAUCAACCCGAAGAGGAUCAACAGAUUCUUCCUCUUGCGUACCAGCAGCAACAGUCGAUGCCACACAUGACGCCGAUGGGUGGCCUCAGUUCGAGCAAUUACAGCAUGGGAAUGCCGGCGAUAGGCAUGGGCUCGUCCUCGGGCAAAAGCAUGCAUACGUACGCUCCCAGCUUCUCCACACCACAAAAUAUGAUCCAACCGCAGACCCCGCAAAGUCUCAUGUCGCCCAUGGUGCCGAUGACGGAGUCUAAAGCGGCAUCAACGCCCAGCCAAAAUCAAGGGAGUGGAAGCAGCAUACGCGAUCCAGAAAAUAUAGGCAGCGUGAACAUUCACCAAACGAUGGGUCCAGCAACGCCGAUGACGCCCAUGACGCCUAGCGAACCGGCCAUCCUUCCCCAGCUACAGAACAUCGUCUCGACGGUCAACCUGAGCUGUAAGCUUGACCUCAAGAAAAUCGCCUUGCACGCCCGUAAUGCCGAGUACAACCCGAAGCGUUUUGCCGCCGUUAUCAUGCGAAUUCGGGAGCCCCGUACGACGGCAUUGAUUUUUUCCUCCGGUAAAAUGGUCUGUACCGGAGCCAAAAGCGAGGAUGAUUCACGAUUGGCAGCGCGCAAGUAUGCGCGUAUCAUACAGAAGCUAGGUUUUACGGCUAAAUUCCUCGACUUCAAAGUACAAAACAUGGUAGGCAGCUGUGAUGUCCGGUUUCCGAUUCGACUAGAGGGUCUGGUUCUCACUCACGGUCGGUUCAGUUCGUACGAGCCGGAGCUCUUCCCCGGCCUCAUCUACCGUAUGGUGAAGCCCCGUAUCGUGCUGUUGAUAUUCGUGUCCGGCAAGGUCGUCCUAACGGGGGCCAAGGUACGGCAAGAGAUCUACGACGCGUUUGAAAACAUCUAUCCAAUUUUGAAGAGCUUCAAAAAACAGUAAUAGAACUAAUUUUUUGUAUGGAACGUCGGAUCUGUGGCGCUCGAUGACUCGUUCAAUUUAUUUUAUCCUCGAAAGCAGCGUUGUAAUCUAACGCAUACGCACAUAACGCAUUUUUGCUGAUGUUUCUUCUGAUUCAUGUGUUGCUAUCGACUUAAUGCUCUAGCUUACCGUAUUGUAAUGUAAAUAUUUCUGUGGUUUGAAUAUUUUUUACAAAUAAAUCGACUACAAUACAUCCUAUUUCGGGUGUUUUUGGUAGGAAAAUGAA